AUGAACGCCACCUUGCGGUUUUUGAUAAUUUGUCUCCUUUUCUUCAUCUCGAUCGUGUUGACGUCUCCAGUUCAUGGAAUUUGGCGACAUUUCCUCAGACAUGAGCCCGACAAGCGAUCGUACUACGGCGUCUUUCAACACAUUCCCGGCUAUUUGGAAGAUGGACGAGACAAAAAGAAUUAUUUCUGGUUUCUCAACAAUGAUCCCCUCGGUGAUGAAGAUCCAUCAGAAUACUCG